GUAGGCCUAUUAUUACAUUAUAACUUACUUUGGUCAUCCCUAUUCUACAAAUGGUAUAGUCCUCCUCUUCCAAGCUGACAGUCACGGGUCAGUGGUCACGACAGUUUAUCUAGGGGUUUGCCUACUGUUUUCAUCUGAUGCUAUUGAGCAUUUUGAGGAGGAUACAGAAAUUCAAAAGCGAAUUAUUAAUUAAAAAUUAAUCAUGUAUUUACAUAUUCUGUUUAAUAAUUUAUAAAUUUCAUUCCAGUAGGCUGCGGCCACGAUUAUUCGGCUUUGAACACGUGGCUUAACAAAGCACGUGCAACCAGAGUAGGCUGCCGUGAACCACCACGUAUCUACAAGCAAGAUGAGUAUGCCUAGUCAGGAGAAAGCUUCAGUGUUAAUCGUUGGAGGAGGCAUAGCUGGAUUAUCAGCUGCUGAUACUCUCAUCAAGUCUGAGAUGUUUGAUAUAUUGCUUCUUGAAGCUACAGAACGGUUAGGUGGCAGAAUUCUUACAAGUUACGUAGAAGGUGGGUCUGACCAUGGAGGUAUAGCUGACACUAUAUUAUUAAUACACCACAUUGUAGGACGUAGUCUUGAGCUUGGUGCAAAUUGGAUCCAUGGGGAGGAUAACAUGUUGUAUAAUUUUGCACGGGAUCAUCAACUUUUACAGGUGAUACGCAAUACAAAUGCAAGUUUGAAAGAUUGCAGAGAUACUAAAGAUUAUAAAGGCAUCAUGACCAACAAAGAUACUCAAGCUGACAGUAAACAUAUUCUACCAUAUUCUGGUGAUGACUUCUUUUUCACAGAAAGUGGAAAAGUGCUCGACAGUGACACUGUUCAACAACUUUUGAUAAUUCUAGAUAGUGCUGAAAAGAAAUUUGUGGAGUUGUCACAGACAGCAAGUGUGACCUACCAACGUAAAGGACAUAGUGAAUCUCAUCAUUUUUCCUGUAAUGAACAGCUAGGAAUGAAUGAAGCACAUUACCGUUCUAAUUUAAAAAAAGAUCUUAAGGAAUGUUUCUUAGAAGAGCUGAGGAAGUCAGAUAUUUCCAAUGUUAUAACUAAGGAAGAAUGGUUGUCUGUAUUUGAAUGGAACAGUAAAUACCAGUGCGUCGAAUUGGCUUGCACUGAUCUAAGUGAAGUGUCACUUAGGUCAUUUGCUAAUGAAGUUUCCAAUUUUAGAACUUCUCCAGUAAAUUUCAAUGACAAUGGAUUUCAGGGAGUCAUUGAUGCUAUGGUAAAGUGCAUUCCUUCCAAUCUGUUAAAGUGCAACACACCAGUAGUCCGUAUUAAGUGGAAAAAAAGUUGUUUUUCUGAAGGCUUUAAAUGCAAAAACAGUGAUGCUAAACAACCAAUAGAUGGAAAGAAAUCAGAAGAAUUCACAUAUGUUGGGAAGGAACAGUAUGUAAAAUAUGGAAAGGAAAAAUCUAUGAAUGCUGAAAAGAAAGAAUUUGUAGAUGUUACAAAACAUAAAUUCCUGGGUGCUCGGAAGGACGAUUCUGUAAAUGUUGGGAAAGCUAUUCAUGUCAUUUGCAAAAAUGGAACUAAAUAUUUUGCUGAUCAUGUGAUUAUUACAUGUUCAUUAGGAUAUCUAAAGAAGCACUCACAGACUUUAUUUAUGCCACAACUACCAUGUAAACAAUUGCAUGCUAUUGAGAAUUUAGGAUUUGGAACUGUGAACAAGGUCUUUCUAAAAUUCAAAUCUCCAUUUUGGAAAAGCCAAGCAGACUUUUCUGGCUUCCAAUUCCUUUGGGAUGUUUCAGAAAAUUGUGAUGAUGAAUGUGAAGAAACUGAAUUGAAGUUUGGCAAUGUGUCAAGAGAUCAAAGAAAUAGUCAUUGUUUGUUUGACGUAGAGGGCUCUUGGUUCAGAUAUAUCAAGGGAUUUGAUACGAUUGGAGGGUUUCCGUGUAUUCUUGUUGGCUGGAUUUCAGGAGCAGCAGCAGAAUACAUGGAAACUCUUUCUGAACAAUUUGUUGGAAAGGUGUGUAUCGAGUUACUGUCCAAGUUCUUGAAGGAUACACAAAUUACAGAUCUGGAAUGGGUUAAAUGUACAAGAUGGAAAAGCAGUCCUUACAUACUUGGUUCGUACUCCUAUGCAUCAGUAGAUGUGUGUGGCAAUGAAUAUGAUCAGCUGGCAGAGCCCAUUCCAAACGUACAGAAUCCUAUGAUGAUGUUUGCUGGAGAGCAUAUCCACCCAGAAUUUUAUUCUACAGCACAUGGUGCAAUGGAGACAGGAAAAACUCAAGCGAACAGAUUGAUUCAGUAUUACAAAGAAAAUUAAUACUGUACUGUACAAUAAUUAUUAUUGAAAUAUGUUGCUUGGGAGAUGAAAGGGAUUAAAACGAAAAUUAUAUUACAGUACAAUGUAUAUCAUAAUAUUUGAGAUAGAAUGCUACUGAAUGUGACCACCAUACAGUAUCAUGUUUUGUGUAUUAAUAUUACAAUACAGUACUGUAGACUUUUAUCGUGUGUUGUGUGUGAACAUAGUCUAUAGGUUUGUACUGUAUGGUCUAUGCAUUUCUUAGCUACAUCAUAGUAGACUUAAUGGCUUUGCCGAGUUCAUCGUUUGAGAACAUACACAGUGUAAUGAUGUAAUGUUAGCAGGAAGCCAUAUUACAGCACUGGUCUGUACAGCACUGUAGUUUAAUUGAACUGCAGUAUGUAAAAUUAUGAGAUUUUAUUUUAAGGUCUUCAAUUGGUACUAGAUUGUACAUUGCAACUGAAAGUCUACACCCAUCCAAGCCGGGCAGUCAAAGAAAACCGAUUUUUCUAAAACACUUAAGGGGUGUUUCCCUCACUUUAAAUAUUCAAAAAUUUGAAUAAUUUCUAACUAAUAAAAUCUUACUAACUGUUCGCAGGUUCUUCAUCCAUCACUCCCUCAACGUCUUAGAAAAAUCGAUUGUUCAACACACCUCAUUUCUCCAGUUUUCAAAUAUUAAAUAAUUUGUAUCUUAUUUGCCAAUCUAACAGUUUUUGGCAAACAUCACUAUUUCUUGACUACCAAACACAUAGUAAAUAAAUAACACAAAACA